UCUCACGGUACCUGUCAAAUCAGUCGAAAGUCAGUUCAAGAUACUAGUCAAGGCUGUCAAGUCACCAGUCAUGUCAAGUCAGGUCACCAUUUAAAUCAAGUGGAGUCAAGGCGAGUCAAGUCACCAGUCAAAUCAAGCCAAGGCGAGUCAAGUCACCAGUCAAAUCGAGUCAAGGCGAGUCAAGUCACCAAUCAAAUCGAGUCAAAUCGAGUCAAGUCACCAGUCAAAUCGAGUCAAGGCAGUCAAGUCACCAGUCAAAUCGAGUCAAGGCAGUCAAGUCACCAGUUAAAUCGAGUCAAGGCGAGUCAAGUCACCAGUCAAAUCGAGUCAAGGCAAGUCAAGUCACCAGUCAAAUCGAGUCAAGGCGAGUCAAGUCACCAGUCAAAUCGAGUCAAGGCGAGUCAAGUCACCAGUCAAAUCGAGUCAAGGCGAGUCAAGUCACCAGUCAAAUCGAGUCAAGGCGAGUCCAGUCACCAGUCAAAUCGAGUCAAGGCGAGUCAAGUCACCAGUCAAAUCGAGUCAAGGCGAGUCAAGUCACCAGUCAAAUCGAGUCAAGGCGAGUCAAGUCACCAGUCAAAUCGAGUCAAGGCGAGUCAAGUCACCAGUCAAAUCGAGUCAAGGCGAGUCAAGUCACCAGUCAAAUCGAGUCAAGGCGAAUCAAGUCACCAGUCAAAUCGAGUCAAGGCGAGUCAAGUCACCAGUCAAAUCGAGUCAAGGCGAGUCAAGGCGAGUCAAGUCACCAGUCAAGGCGAGUCAAGGCGAGUCAAGUCACCGGUCAAGGCGAGUCAAGGCGAGUCAAGGCGAGUCAAGUCACCAGUCAAGGCGAGUCAAGGCGAGUCAAGUCACCAGUCAAGGCGAGUCAAGUCACAAGUCAAGGCGAGUCAAGGCGAGUCAAGUCACCAGUCAAAUCAAGUCAAGGCACCAGUCAAGGCACCAGUCAAGGAGUCUCCUCACGCUGUGCCCAUUGACGUAACCCCCAUCAGGGGUCUCCUCCCAAUUCAGGACUUCUCGUCACCGCCUGUGACCUUUUCAACGAGCCGUCGCCUUGCCCCUCCAGGGACAUGUCAAGAGUCCUUCGGGGGUGGUGGCUCGGAAGAGCCAGAGGAAUAUGGCAGUCAUAGGUCCUCUGGAGCAUCUGGUUCGAAAGGCGUGAGAUGA